AUGCCCGCUCUGGAAUUGGGACAGUCCAUCCCGCCAGACACUGCUCAUGCAGUGAGCGUUCAGCUUCCUACGUGGAAGGCAAAUGUCGGCUAUGAAGAGGGAGAAUCAUGGGUCGUCGAUAAGAUGACCACCGGUUAUCCCAGGAGCAUUGUAGCCUUGGCUGAAGAUCUGAUUGCCCAACAUGGCCCUUCGGGUCAGAAAGCCAUGUUGUUUCCCACCCCUCAUAUUGCGAGAAGGUGCCUGGCCUUUGUAAAGAAACAUGCAGAUGCCUCAAUUUCUGCCGGUGCCACCGUCAUUGAUUUCGGGCUCGACAUGACCAAGGAUAUCUCACCGCUCCUGCGCUCCCUGUCACCCACUGUCUCUGCCGUGGUGUAUGCCCCCGAGGUAUUCCCCUUUGCCAAGCAGUACUGGCAGCAUACAGGAGACGGAAUCUCAAGCCGAAGAGCGGAAUUCUGUCAUGGUCUAUUGAAGGAGGGCCUCUUCGUUCCCGUGGCAAGGCCCAACUCCCCAGUGGGAAAAGCCCACAGAGGUCCGAAGAGAUACCAUCGCCCAUCUUCCAUCGACGACACCAAGACGGCUCACCACCCAGCAGCCAAGGUGAACCCCCAGAGUGCGUUUGAAACGCAAGAAAGCCUACGCUUUCUCGAGGAACGCUUUGGCCGUAACCUCGACCUGUCCCUCGUCGAGCGCGCCAGGUCGGCCAUUAAGCGUAGAAUUGCGGGCGCCAUGGCUGCCGACAUGGAGGCCAGCAUCAGCUCACUGCCUCCCAUGGGAGAAAACGCGAGAAACCAAAAGGACCUGCAAGAAAGCGACGUAUACUUGUUUCCAUGUGGCAUGAAUGCCAUCUACAACGCCCACCGGGCCAUGCUGCGCGCUAGGGGCGACCUCCAAUCUGUCAACUUUGGCUUCCCCUACGUCGAUACGCUCAAGAUCCUACAAAAGUUUGGUCCCGGCUGUCUCUUCUAUGGGCGCGCUUCAGAGGAUGAUCUUGACGAUCUCGAAAAGCGCCUAGAGAGUGGCGAGCGCUUCCUGGCGCUCUUUUGUGAAUUUCCCGGCAAUCCUCUCCUAACUUGCCCCAACUUGGCGCGGAUCCGUACCCUCGCAGACAAGUACGAUUUCGGCGUCGUUGUGGACGAGACCAUCGGCAGCUUCAUCAACAUUGACGUGCUACAAUACGCAGACAUAGUCGUAAGCAGUCUGACCAAGAUAUUCUCGGGCGACUGCAACGUCAUGGGCGGCAGUGCCAUCCUUAAUCCAAGCGGCAAGUACUAUCAGGCCCUGAAGGGUGCUUGGAUCGAGGAUCUGGAAGAUACGUACUGGCCAGAGGACGUCGUUUUCAUGGAGCGUAACAGCCGCGACUUUGCAUCGCGUAUUGAGCGCAUCAACGAGAGUUCCGAGACAAUUUGCGACAUCCUCUCGGCCCAUCCGCUGGUAAAAUGUGUUUACUACCCGAGAGUAAAUCCGACGAGAACCAACUACGAUCUCUGCAAAUUGCCUGGUGGGGGUUAUGGCGGGCUUCUGUCGGUCACGUUUCACAAGACGGCCCACGCCAUUGCCUUUUUCGACGCCAUUGAGACGGCUAAGGGCCCAAGUCUGGGUACGAACUUUACUCUGACAUCGCCUUAUGUACUGCUGGCCCAUUACCAAGAGCUCGACUGGGCCGCUGGUCUGGGUGUUGAUCCGGACCUCAUCCGCGUCAGUGUCGGCCUGGAGGAGAAGGAUGAGCUGCAAAAAAUUUUCACCAGUGCUCUUCGAGCAGUCGAAAAGUCACAAGAUGAUUGA